UGUAGCCUGCCGACACAUUCCCAAGCCUAGUUUUGGUUUUUUAAGCUUCUUUGUCCGAGCCUAGUAACCUUAUUUACUCUCUUCUCUCUACACGAAGUGGCAUGCAUAGCUAAGCUUACUGGUCGCUAGUUGUUGAUAAGGAAAACUCUCAGCAGCAACAACACUUGCUUGUUGCUGAAAUAGAGUGAGUGAGAACUGAAUUUGUGGCUUUUGAUGAUGGUGUCUUUUAUCUUUUUUUAUGGGUAGUUCAUGUGCAAUUUUCUCUUUCAAGAACUUCCUUUGGAGUUUAUGUUAGAGUUCAGAUUUACUACUUUUUCUUUGGUUUCUGGUACUGGGUUUCUCUUCUUGUUGGAAACUUAAGGUGAGAAUUCUUUAUGUUUCUUGGUUUUCUUACUGGUUCUGAAGCAUUUUAGUUCAGAGAAUAAAAAACCCUGUUGUGUUUUCUAUCACUUUAAGCCAAUUCUAGUUCUUCUAGCUUACAGAAGCCAGUUUCUUUCUGUUUUUAGUUCUGAAUUUUAUUGGUUUUGAGUUCUUGGACACCUAAUAAGAAAGAUUAUAAUCGUCUCCCUCAAAAUUCGUUUCUGGGUAUCAGUGUGUUGUUUGUGAUCUGCAGAUAUUAGUGUUUUUGUUUAAUUAAGUGGAAGCAUAUCAAGCUGAAGUUUAUAGCUCUUUCCAGUGCUUCUUUACAAUGCUUUCCACUAAAUCCGAAUCUGAUAUCACAAGUUUAGCCCCAUCAUCACCCUCAAGGUCUCCAAAACGCCCUGUAUACUAUGUACAGAGCCCAUCAAGAGAUUCACAUGAUGGGGACAAGUCCUCUUCAAUGCAACCAAGUCCAAUGGAGUCACCUUCACACCCCUCCUUUGGUCGCCAUUCAAGGAACUCAUCGGCUAGUAGGUUUUCGGGGAUAUUCAGGUCCUCUUCAGGGAGGAAAGGUAGCAGGAAAAGAAAUGAAAAAGGCUGGAAUGAUAAAGGGUGGCCUGAAUGUAAUGUGAUCGUGGAAGAAGGGGACUACGAUGAGGAUAAGGCAUUUAUUAGGAGGUUUCAGGCCUUGAUUGCUCUGUUUAGUUUUAUAAUCUUGUUUACUGUGUUUUGCUUGAUUAUAUGGGGAGCUAGCCGGCCUUUCAAAGCAGAGAUUACUGUCAAGAGCUUGUUAGUGAGUAACUUUUAUGUUGGGGAAGGUUCAGAUUUCUCUGGCGUGCCAACAAAGAUGCUUACAGUGAAUGGCUCGUUGAGGAUGAGCAUAUACAACCCUGCUACAAUAUUUGGCAUUCAUGUUAGCUCCACUCCAAUCAAUCUCAUAUACUCAGAAAUCCCAGUUGCAACUGGUCAGUUGAAGAAAUACUAUCAACCCAGAAAGAGUCGACGAACAGUAUCAGUGAUUGUAGAAGGUGACAAGGUUCCACUGUAUGGAGCUGGAUCAAGUUUAACAGUCUCACAAACUGGCAUUGUGAUUCCAUUGACACUGACAUUCGAAAUCCGAUCUCGAGGGAAUGUAGUGGGGAAGCUGGUGAAGACGAAGCAUCGAAAACUAAUAUCUUGCCCUGUGGUUCUUGAUUCCACUAGCUCCAAACCCAUCAAAUUCAAGAAGGGUAUAUGUACAUAUGAGUGAUCUGCUUAUUUGAAGAGUUAAACCCAUGAUUCAUGUCCUUGUGGGCAGUUUGAGACUUUGAGUUGCUGAGCUUCACAGAAGACAGUCAGUAGCACUUGGAGAAAAUGCAGCAACUUGAACUUUCCAUCUCUUAGGUUGUGCUUCUGCUUCUGAAAAAUAAGUGUUUAUGUUUCUAUUGGUGGCUGUGUGCUUGAUGUAUGUAUGAUUAAUAGUGUUGUGAGAGGAUUUUGUUCAACAUAAGAAGCAAAAAUACUGUUAUUUAUUUAUUUUCUAUAAUUUAAUCUUUGUUUAUUUUCUAUAA